AUGUCCGUGCUGCUCGAGACGUCGCUCGGCGAUCUCGUCAUCGACCUCGACGCCGCGCUCUCGCCGCCGGCAGCCGAGAACUUCCUGCACCUCUGCCGCAGCAAGGCCUACUCCAACACGCUCUUCCACCACCUGCUGCCCGGCUUUCUCGUGCAGGCCGGCCUGCGCGAGCCAGGCAACGCCGCUCGCAGCGCUACCGACUCUCGCUCGUCCUGGGCCCGCGUGGAGGGCGCUCGCGGAGCCGCAGUGUUCGAGCCGCGUCGCUCCGAGAAGCCACUGCGGCGCGGCGACGUCUGCCUGGCAUGCACGGGACCCGAGAGCCGGAGAGUGGCAGGCGCUCAGUGGUUCGUGGUACUGGGCGCAGCGGACAGUCUGGACGGCAAGCAUGCACUCAUCGGCAGCGUCGUCGAGGGCAUGGAGGAGGGCGGCACGAUGGAGAAGAUUGAGAAGGAGCUGUGCGACGGCGAGGGUCGGCCACUGAGAGACAUUCGGAUCAGGCAUGUCGAGGUGCUCGAUGACCCCGUCGAGCCGCUCGCUGGACUCGCCAUUCCCUCACGCACGCCCUCUCCGACGCCUUCGCUGCUUCUCUCCGCGCGUCCUGCCGCCACGCUCUCGCGGUCUCCAACGCCUCUGCCCGACGAGAACGACGAGACGAAGCGCAAGGCCGAUGCCACUGCUGCGGCGCUGACGCUCGAGAUGGUCGGCGACAUUGCGCACGCCGAUGUGCGCCCGCCCGAGAACAUCCUCUUCGUCUGCAAGCUCAACCCGGUCACGCGAAGCGAGGAUCUGCGCCUCAUCUUUGGCCGCUUCGGAGAGAUUCGCAGCUGCGAAGUCAUCAGGGACCGCAAGUCCGGCGACUCGCUGCAGUAUGCAUUCAUUGAGUUCGACGAGCAGUCACAGGCCGAGCAGGCGUACUUCAAGAUGCAGAACGUGCUCGUCGAUGACCGGCGCAUCUGGGUCGACUUCUCGCAGUCCGUCGGCAAGCUGCACGCCAGCUGGCUGGCCGGCCGCGGCGGCGGCGCUGGCGGACGAGCAGGCAGCGCAAGCGGCGGAGCGAGUGCGAGACGAGAUACGUAUCGCGCUGGCCGCGGUAACGGCGCGAUGGUGUUCGACUUUGACGAGCGCGCACCGCCGCCGCCAGACAGGCGCGACCGCGAGCGCUCAGGCUACGAGCGCAGAGAGAGGGAACGGUCGCCGCGGCGGGACGACAGGUACGAGCGGCGAGACCGGGACCGGGGCUAUGAGCGAGAGCGGGAGCGGGAGCGGGACGAUGGACGCAGGGGCGGCGGCUCCUACGCCAGGGAUCGCGAUGAGCGACACCCGCCGCCGCCACGCAGGGAGUAUGAUCGGGGAGAUCGAGACGGCGAGCGGAGACGCGAGGAGAGGAGCGACUACUCGCGCAAGGAUCGGGACAGGGACGGGCGACGCUAA